AUGCCCGCAGGUUUCCCCGUGCCGUGUGCAGAGUGCGUCAGCUCGCUGCUGAGGUGCUGCCGCCUCAGCGACGCCCAGCAGACGUACACGGUGCACAGCCCGCGUCCCAUACGGCCCUACACCAACAUUCUUCUAAGAGAUGGGAUAGCAAUGUCAUCAGCGAACCGCGGUGGUGGCGCGACAGGGGGCGGCAAGCGCAAGCGUUCGUGGUCGCGAGCUGUCUUCUCCAACCUGCAGCGCAAGGGCCUGGAGAAGCGCUUCCAGCUGCAGAAGUACAUCACCAAGCCGGACCGGCGGCAGCUCGCCGCCACACUCGGCCUCACCGACGCGCAGGUGAAGGUGUGGUUCCAGAACCGGCGCAUGAAGUGGCGCCACAGCAGGGAGGCGAAGGCGGCGUCCGCGCCGGCGCCCGCCCCC